AUGGGGAAGAUCACCUUCUACGAGGACCGCGGCUUCCAGGGACAAAUGUCAGAGAUCACAGAUGAUUGUCUCUCUCUUCAGGACCGCUUCCAUCUCAAUGAAAUCCACUCCCUCAAUGUGCUGGAGGGCUGCUGGGUCCUUUAUGAGAUGCCCAGCUACAGGGGAAGGCAGUACCUCCUGCGGCGCGGGGACUACCCCGACUACCAGCAGUGGCUGGGCCUCAGCGACUCGGUCCGCUCCUGCCGCCUCAUCCCCCACGCUGGCUCUCACAGGAUCAGACUCUAUGAGAGGGAAGAUUACAGAGGCCAGAUGAUGGAGUUCACUGAGGACUGCUCCUCGCUUCAGGACCGCUUCCACUUCAAUGAGCUUUACUCCCUCCACGUGCUGGAGGGCUCCUGGGUCCUCUACGAGCUGCCCAACUAUCGGGGGCAGCAGUACCUGCUGAGGCCGGGGGACUAUAGGCAUUACCGUGACUGGGGGGCCACGAGUGCCCGAGUGGGCUCUUUGAGGAGAGUCACGGAUUACUAUUGA